GUCACAUAGUUGUCCUCCUUAAAGGGAUGGUCUGAAAGCCCUAUAAGCACAUUUUUACUUCUGCCUGAAAUAUAUAGCGCGGGGUUCGAGGUCUCAUACAUUACUGGGUCCCGGUUUCUACCAUGAGUUGCGACCUUCAUCUGUUGUGUAUCCUGUCUGCCCUCAUAGCUACAGGAAAUUGCUUGUUGUGCAUGCAGUGUAGCAGUUUCAGCGACGCACCUUGCGCAGGAAGUGCACAGAACUGCUCCUCCCCCAAGGAAGUGUGCGCCACCACCCGGAUCAGGAACUCAGGAUAUUACUGGCAGAACUCCUUUUACAUCAGGUCCUGUAUCAACGCUACUGAGUGUGACACAAGUGGCAUCAUAACGGGCCAAUAUCUGAAAACACUGACCAGCACAACGUGUUGUUACACCGAUAACUGCACGGCGCCGGUUGUCCGAUUUCCAGUGGAGAACGGCACGGCUAAUGGACUUUACUGCCCAUCUUACGUCGACAAAACAAUGGAGCCCUGCGAUAUUAAAAGCAAAACCCAGUGCACCGGGGACCAGAAGUUCUGCAUUCGAUAUUUGGCCACCACAACAAUCGGAUCCACCAAGUCGAGUCUUUACCUCGGAGGCUGCGCCACUGGAAGCAUGUGCAAUACAUCGAGCAGUAAAAUAUCCUCUGACGGCCUAACAAUAGAACUAACAAAGUCGUGUAACAGCAGCGGAAACAUGCUCCACCGCAACAUGGUUACCAUUAUUCCGACGUUUCUCCUCCUGCUCGGGGUCUUCCUCCGUUCUCCAUUGUCUUUGUAGUUAAUAGACACCCCCCCCCCCCUUUGUCUCUGCGUCCACAUAACUUCCACAGUGGAAA